GUAACUGUAUAUAAGAAGAGCUCACUGUUCAGAACAUUACCAUCACCUCCUUGACCAUCUGUGAGACUGGUUGCAGAAGCUGUGAAGACUUAACUGUGUGAUCACUGAAACCAUGCUGAAGAUAGCUCUUGUGCUUGGAUGCCUCCUGAGCCUUGUGCUGGCUAAUCCUAUUAACAUGAUGCCUAAGCGCGUUGCACGUUCAAAUUCUGGCUCCUCUGAACGUCGUCCAGGUUACGAUCCCAGUCGCCAGUAUCCGUACCCGUACCCUCCUCAGUAUCAAUACCCUCCUCAGUAUCCAAAUUUUUCUCCAUAUCCAAACCCUCCUCAGUAUCCAAAUUUUUCUCCAUAUCCAAACCCUCCUCUGUAUCCAAAUUUUCCCCUGUUUCCAUCGCUGUUCUAGCUUCCUUCGGCUCCUCAAGCAAUAAUAGACUGCUACUGCACCACUUACUACAAUUACUACAGUUCCAGCUACCACUACUGCAUCUGCUACUACGCUGAAUCUGAAAUUCAACCAGAGAUCAACAAGUGAAUGAAAACCAGAGGGGAAUAACAUUGAUUUCUGAGAGGUUCCAAUAUGUGGACAC